ACUUACAGAAUAAAUAAAUUAAUAAAAAUAGGUCAAUAAAUUGAAAUAUUGUAACCAAAUACGUGUGGUUUAUUAAUAAAUGUACAAAGUGUUAAAUUCUCAAAUUCAGAUUGGUUUGGAUUAGAAGUGGGAACUUUCCAGAUUUUUUCCAAUUCUUGUUGGCUUGGCGUUUUCAAGGUGAGUACAGUAUAUUUCUGUUGAAGUAUAAAUUAGAUAUAAAUAUAUCCCAUUUGCUAUACCUAUUUAACAUCUGGUAGGUAAAUAUUCACUUGGCAAAAACUCCUGGCAUUAGGAGCCAAACAGUGUGCUGCAUUUUUGGCAUAUUCCUAGGUGAGCAGAGUGCAUUCCGGUUUAGUACAGCAUAGGAAAGUAAGUGCAUCAGACAGGUAAAAUGAGUUAUGCGCUUUUGGGCUAUAGCAAAAGACAUUUUAAGCGGCUUGUAGCCAAAGAAUUGAAUGGUUUGAAAACUGUAGACGAGGAAGCCCCGAAAGAUUCAUCAAAUCGCUCUAAUUUAAGCAACGAUACGAAAAAUGUCGAAGUCAAUGGAAUUUCUGUUCCGGAAAAUCCAGAAUACGAGAGGAUUCUUAUGCCUUUAAUGCAACCGUCAUUCGAUAUUAUUUCGGGAUUUAAAGAAUGGAUGGUGAAGCAUAAAAUAAGGCGAGCUGCUGUUAAUGAUAUGCUUGUUUUGUGUAAAAAAUCUGGUCUUAAUGUCCCCAUUUCGACAAGUGGUCUUUUCGAGAAACAAGCGAUUUGUACGCGUCAAGUAAAACCUGGAGAAUAUUUUCAUUAUGGGUUAGAGCAGGGCAUUAAAAAAUGUUUACAGUUAGAAGUUCCUCUGGGUCAAAAUAUUUUAGAAUUAGAUAUUGGUAUAGAUGGGCUUCCUCUAUAUAAAAGUUCUUCGAAUUCCUUAUGGCCAAUUCUCGGAUCAGUAGCGAACCACACCAAUAUGUCUCCAUUUUUAAUUGGGAAAAAAAAACCUGAAGAUAUUAACGAUUUCCUAUUUGAUUUUGUUCAGGAAUUUUUGGUAUUACAGGAAAGAGGUAUUGAGCUGGGAUGCUCCACAGUGUUUAUUAAGCUACGAGCAAUUAUAUGCGAUGCUCCCGCUCGCGCUUUCGUUAGCGGAACAGUAGGUCAUACUUCUGCCAGUGGAUGUUCCAAGUGCACUCAACAGGCUAUGCAAAAAAGUGAAUGUUCCAAUUGCACACAACAAACUUUACAAAAAAAGAAGCGCUUGACAUAUAGCGUAACAGUUGAGAGCUUAAGAACGGACGACGACUUCAGGAAAAGUUAA